AUGUCAUUCCUGCUAGAAACUGCUUCCUCGAGAGCAAUCCCAUCGUUUGUCUUAUGUACAAGAACUGGUAAGCCCACAAUUUGCCUACAAGGCUCUCGGAUAGUAGGUCGAGAAAGACAACGGCCAUUUCAUUCAACACCUUGGCGGAGAGAAGAGCAGCAAAGCCCUGUCGAACGAAUAAUCGAUCAGAUAAACGCCAAAUCGACCAACGAAAGAAGUGGUUCCAAGGUCUACAAGAGUGCCGAUGAGGCAAUUGCAGACCUCCAAGAUGGCGUCACCAUCUUGAGCUCAGGCUUUGGACUCUGCGGAGUCGCAGAAACCCUCAUCGAUGCUAUUCGGAAGAAGGGAACCAAGAAUCUAACAGUCGUCUCCAAUAACGCGGGUGCUGGGGAGCACGGCCUCACCAAACUGACAACCGGCGGCCAAAUAUCGCGCAUGGUCGUUUCUUUCAUUGGUAACAAUAAGCCUCUCGGAAAGCAGUAUCACGAGGGAAAAGUGGCGAUCGAGCUUUGCCCACAAGGCACGAUUGCGGAGCGUCUCCGAGCUGCCGGAGCUGGCAUCCCAGCCUUCUUCACAGCUACAGGCGCAAGCACAUUGAUACAAACUGGUGGCAUUCCACACAGAUUAGGUCCGAAGGACCCCCAGACCGGCAAACACGAAGUACUGGAACCUGGCCGCCCGCGUGAGACACGAAUCUUUGAUGGCAGACCCUAUUUGAUGGAAACAGCAUUGAAAGGAGAUGUUGCUAUUGUGCGGGCCUGGAAGGCUGAUGAGUCUGGCAAUUGUAUUUUUCGGACUACCACCAAGGCGUAUGGUGUCUUGAUGCCUAAGGCUGCGAAGCUAUCAAUUGUCGAAGCUGAACAUAUCGUUCCGAUUGGCUCACUUGAUCCCGACCACAUCGACCUACCAAGUAUUUAUGUUGAUCGGAUUUGCCCUGCUACGUCAGAUAAACAGUUCGAAAAGCUGGUACUAGCACCAACGGACGAUGCAACUGCCGAGACCGGUGACGAAGCUAUGAAGCGGAAUAGGAUUGCCAAACGGGCAGCGAAGGAGUUACACGAAGGCUAUUACGCUAACUUGGGAGUUGGAAUUCCUACACUUGCUCCGUCAUUUCUCCCUGCUGGAACCAAGGUUUGGUUGCAAUCCGAGAACGGAAUCAUUGGUAUGGGACCUUAUCCUGCGACGAAGGCCGACGCCGAUCCAGAUACCGUGAACGCUGGUAAGGAGACAGUCACGCUUGUUCCUGGUGCCUCGACAUUUGAUAGCGCAGAAAGCUUUGGUAUGAUCAGAGGAGGACAUGUGGAUGUAUCGCUGCUCGGCGCUCUCCAAGUUUCUGCUUCGGGUGAUCUCGCAAACUAUAUCAUUCCCGGCAAGGCGUUCAACGGUAUGGGUGGUGCAAUGGACCUUGUCAGCAACCCAGACAAAACCAAAAUCAUUGUGUGCACAUAUCACACAGACAAAGAUGGACGGAGUAAAGUACUUGACGAGUGCGAGUUACCACUUACGGGUAAAGGCGUCAUCAGUACAAUCAUCACCGAGUUGGCUGUCUUCCAGGUGGACCGAGUUGGCGGUGGAGGACUGACCUUGACUGAAGUUGCAGAGGGUUCAACUGUGGAGGAUGUAAGAGCGAAGACGCGGGCUAAAUUCGCUGUAGCAGAUGACCUUAAGACAUUUUAA